AAAUCACUUAUCUUCCAAAGUUCUCUUAUUCUUCACAAUAUCACACUCUCUUAAUUAAUAGUUAAUAUCAUAGAAGAUUCCUGCUCGGAAACAAUCUAGACCAAGUUUUUUCGAGGGAUUCGUCGUGGUGUAAAGUCUCACCAACUUUUUAGUAUUUCCGAUACAAUCAUUGUUAUAUCAACUGGUUUCUUAGGGACACAACUGGAUAUGGAAAGCAUCAUGAGCUUGAAGAGAAAGGAGAAGAAAUCCCAAAGUAGAAGACUCGGGAAAUAUCUGAAAGAACAAAAGGGGAGGAUCUACAUCAUUAGAAGAUGUGUGAUGAUGCUCCUUUGUUCGCAUGAUUAAUUUAUUUAUUACGAUACACAUAUGUAUAUGUGUUUAUUUUGUCCGAUAUGUAAAUACAUAAUGUGUACUUUAUAAGAAACAAAAUACCAAAUCUUUAGAGUAC